GCUCAGAGAACUGAAGAAGAGGCUGAGGGGAUUACUGGCUGUAUUCUCAUACCUACAUAUCUACAUACUGUGUACAUGGGGCACCAGCACCCUCACGGCCCCUACACAAACCUUCCCGGCUUCCCUCGGAGACAGGACAGCCUUGGACAUCCAUGACACGGCCAUCUUGUGUGUGAUGAUCGGACCUGCUCUGUGGAAUACAGGCCUUCAGCAGAAGAAUGUGAGCAAGUGACUGGCCCCCCUCCAUCCAUAGUGCUGUAUCAACCAGGCUAGCAUGAAGAGACCUCGAUACACAUACGCCCAAGUGGGUCAUCCACCUGAUUCAGAAAAACACUCAGCUCAGUGAAUAACUCGUGAUAUCACAUGGCCUGCGUUCAUCCAACUUGGGCUGAGUCUUGUUCUUGCUGAGGAUACAGUGUGGUGGUUUUUUGUGUGUGAUUGUGUUUAAAAAGUUGAUGGCAUGUCAUUUAGCAGUGAGAUCACAUGAAGGGGGAAACUCUCAUGACCUGAUGUAGAGAAAUUUUGGGGGAAGGUCUCAAAAGGUGGAUUUUGUUUUUGUGAUAUCUAGCGACACGUUGAAUAACAGUGAGGUAUAUGCUGUGAUAUAUUGAUAUACCUGAGGAUAUACACUGGAUAUAUACUGGGUUGUGGAAUUUCUGUAUCGUGAAUUUCUUGGAGUUUGGUUGUGGAUAUUCCCGGAUGGUACAGGAGAAGAAGGCAACACUCGCUUCGUUGGAUAUGGAAAGUAACGGAUUAGCGGACGAUUGCGUUCAGUUUGUGAACAAGACGCUGUGGUUGCAACACGAACAGGAGGCCUAUAAACAGACCAUGCGACUCAAACGACAGCUGUCCAAGAACAGGCAUGUGAGUGCAGGGGCAAGCACGACCUAUGGUCGCCUAGCAACGGGCAGCAACCACUUGCUGAUGAUGGCCGAUCCCCUGCAGCAGCAACAUCAUCAACAGCAACAACAGGCGCAGGAGGACAUUGCAGCCAUGCAGAACCGCAUCCCUGUCGCGUUCCGGGAGCCCACCGAAGCCCCGCUACGCAAACUAAGCGUAGACCUUAUCAAAACUUACAAGAAAAUAAAUGAGGUCUACUAUGCCAAGAAGAAACGGCGUGCACAAGGCAUGUCCGGCACUGGCGACGAGAGCGGAAACAAGAAGGGCAAGGUCAACGCACAUGUGUACAACGACGGAUAUGAUGACCAAAACCACGACUAUAUCGUGAACCCUGGUGAAAAGUGGCUCGACAGAUAUGAAAUAGAUUCUUUAAUAGGAAAAGGCUCAUUUGGUCAGGUGGUGAAGGCGUACGACCAUGGAGAUCAAGAAGCAGUAGCCAUAAAAAUAAUCAAGAACAAGAAACCGUUCCUGAACCAAGCCCAGAUAGAAGUGAAACUCCUGGAGCUGAUGAACAAGCAUGAUGCUGAAAACAAAUACUAUAUAGUGAGGUUGAAGAGGCAUUUCAUGUUUCGGAAUCAUCUCUGCUUGGUGUUUGAACUAUUAUCGUACAACUUGUACGACUUGUUACGUAACACAAACUUUAGAGGUGUGUCGUUAAAUUUGACUCGAAAAUUUGCUCAGCAGUUGUGCACGGCCUUGUUAUUUUUGGCCACUCCUGAGCUGAAUAUUAUUCACUGCGACUUAAAACCAGAGAAUAUUUUAUUGUGUAACCCCAAGAGGAGUGCAAUCAAAAUAGUGGAUUUUGGGAGCUCCUGUCAGCUCGGGCAGAGGAUAUACCAGUACAUCCAGAGUCGGUUCUACAGGUCUCCAGAAGUGUUGUUAGGGAUUCCAUACGACCUGGCUAUAGACAUGUGGAGUUUAGGAUGUAUCCUGGUCGAAAUGCACACGGGAGAACCGCUCUUUGCCGGAUCAAAUGAGUUUGACCAGAUGAUGAAGAUCGUGGAGGUUCUCGGGAUGCCCCCUAAACACAUCCUGGACCAAGCACCAAAGGCUCGCAAGUACUUUGACCAGCAGCCUGAUGGUACAUACGCCUGUAAGAGGCCAAAGGAUAAUAAAAAGUACAAGCAGGCAGGAACCAGGAAACUCCAUGAUAUUAUUGGUGCAGAGACUGGAGGUCCAGGCGGUCGAAGGGCAGGCGAGCCGGGCCACACGGUGGCAGACUACCUCAAGUUCAAGGACUUGAUUCUAAGAAUGUUGGACUAUGACCCGAAAACUCGCAUCACACCGUACUACGGGCUCCAGCACAAUUUCUUCAAGAAGACGACAGACGAAAGUACGAACACGUCAAAUAGCACUUCGACUAGCCCUGCGAUGGAACAGCAGUGUGGGCCUGCAGUGAGUUUGAGCCAGUCAAGUGGUCGGGCGCGGUCUGACCCCACCCACCAACACCACCCACAUCUACACAUGCAGUCAUCCCACUCAGCAGCUCACCACCAGGGGGCGCACACAGGAGGGGGAGGAGGAGGAGGCGGCGGCUACACCACUAUGGAUUGUGAGAGUCCUCACCACCGCCCAACCGUCGUCACGACAACCGCGCACCACGCUGCACACCAUCACCCACUUGCACAGCAGCCAAGCUGGACCAGUGCGGAGGUAUCCCAACUCCACGGUCGCCAUAGCAAUGGGUCGCAUUCACAUUCCCACUCGCAUCAACGGCAUCAUCACCAUUCACCCUCAUCGUCGACAUCAACCACGUCAUUACAUCAGUCUGGCCACUCAAUCCUCAGUGGGACGACCGGAACGUCCCAGCAGAACCUAAUGCUCGGAACACUCUACUCUGACCCGGAAAGAAGUAGCUUCAGUGCCCGCACGAAUUUCGCCCCCAGCGGCGUGCCCCCACCGGAAUUGUCUUCCGCUACAAACAUGGCCGGUUCAGGUGAACUCGGCAAUGUACAUGCACUUCAUCAUCAUCCGAGCGGGAACAGCCUAGAAGCCACCCAGCUGGGCUCAGUGAACAUGCAGCUGGCCGGGUACCCAUCAUCCCCUGGACAAUAUGGACAGUUCGGUCAACAAGCAGGAUGGCCUCCCUCGGCCUUCCCAUACGCUUUAACAUCCACAGCUGCUCCGACAUCUUUGACCAGUCAUGACCCCACAGGCCAACACAACCGGACUGGAGGUGCAGGGGAGAGGGGAGAAGAGUCCCCUAUGGUUGGGGUGUGCGUUCAACAGAGCCCUGUGGCUAGCCAUUAACGUCGGGCUAGGAACUAGGUGUGUUUGUAUAGUGUGCCAUCUGUAGGGGUGGGGUUCAUUCCUCUCUGAGAUCGUGGCUCAGAGCGGGCUCCACAUAUGGUGGUGCAGGGAUGGAGAAUCUUGCUGUUGCAAAAACUCCCACAUUGAGUGACAGGGCUCCCUUAUGUCUUGGAUUAUAUACAGAGUGCCGUGGACUGACGCGAUAAACCAAGGCUGUGGACUGAUGCAGUGAACGAGUGCUGCGUAGGUCUUGAUGGCAACACAGGAAAUUCUGGAACAGUGCUUUCCUGGCUCUGGUAACAAGGGGGUAAACGCUCUCCCUGACAAGCUUAUGCCUCUUGAACUGGAUGUCCGACCAAGGACUCUCCACCAGACAGAUCAGGCUUGGCUAGGUAUCCGACCACGGACUGCAACAGACAGAUCAGGCUUGACUGGAUAUCCGACCACGAACUCUCCAACAGACAGAUCAGGCUUGACUGUAUAUCCAACCAUGGACUCAAACAGAAAGAUCAGGCUUGACUGUACGUCCGACUACGGACUCCCAACAGACAGAUCAGGCUUGACUGUAUAUCCGACCACGGACUCCUACAGACAGUUCAGGCUUGACUGUAUGUCCGACCACGGACUCUCCAACAGAAAGAUCAGGCUUGACUGUAUGUCCGACCACGGACUCUCCAACAGAAAGAUCAGGCUUGACUGUAUGUCCGACCAUGGACUCCAACAGACAGAUCAGGCUUGACUGUACGUCCGACUACGGACUCCCAACAGACAGUUCAGGCUUGACUGUAUGUCCAACCAUGGACACCAACAGAUAGAUCAGGCUUGACUGUACGUCCAACUGCGGACUCCAACAGACAGAUCAGGCUUGACUAUAUAUCCGACCAUUGACUCUCCAACAGACAGUUCAGGCUUGACUAUAUAUCCGACCACGGACUCCUACAGACAGUUCAGGCUUGACUGUAUGUCCGACCAUGGACUCCAACAGACAGAUCAGGCUUGACUGUACGUCCGACUACGGACUCCAACAGACAGAUCAGGCUUGACUGUAUAUCCGACUACGGACUCCUACAGAAAGAUCAGGCUUGACUAGAUAUCUGACCACAGACAGAUCAGGCUUGACUGUGUCCAACCACGGACUCUCCAACAGACAGAUCAGGCUUGAUUGGAUAUCCGACCAUGGACUCCAGCAGACAGAUCAGGCUUGUGCUAGCCUUGAACAAGAAAGAGAUCCUAUGACAGUGUUAGAAACCCCUUACAUUACCAACGUGCACCAAGACGGGCAAUACUGACAUUUAGUGUGCCCAUAUGCAACAAACGUGUCAGCCAAAAUUUUGUAGAAUUGUUUCCGCAGAUCGGCAUCAGGCUUUCCAAGUGUGGUGUUAUCCAGUGGUGAAUCCCUCUCGGCAAGACAUUCGCCACGAUCGGAGAAAGGCUAUGAAUGAAAACAAACGUUUUCCCGACAUACAGAAACGUGUCGGACCAAUGCCAAAUCAACUGAUUCAUUUAUAAACUGGACACACUUUCAUUGUAUAUAAUCUUGUGUGGGCAGGAUAAUGACUGCUAAAGCACUUCCCACAUACUUACCCUUCAGAUUGCGACUACUCCCGAACAGCGUAAAUAAGCUAGUCACCACUGGGUUCGGUUCCUCCAAUAUAAUUGUAUAUAGUGUAUAUAAAACCGGGGCAACCUAUCUUCCACGGAAGACAAAGGCCCUCGACAGCAAGUGUGGGUUUGAAGAAUGACGGUCUUGGAUGCCCGAUCUUGAAAGACCGGCAUUCGACUGCUUGUAUAUAAUGCUUGAUACAAACAGAAUGUGUAAAUUGGUCCUGAAGUAUGCUAUAAUGUGACUAUUUAUUAUUUAAGAUUGAAAGGUUGGGCCCAAGUAGGUGCCAGGCAAACAAUAUAUUGCGGUAGGCGGACAUCGCUGUGAUGAUCUGCGCUCCGUGAAACCGUCAGUUCCAAGCUUGAGGUGAAAUCUCUAAUUUCUCCUGCUGUUUCUGUUGUCAAGGAUUUGUCUUGGCUUGCCACGAUUAUGUUUUUCCGAAAA